AUGGGUUCUUCUCAAAUUCUCAAGUAUCUUAUGGCUAUGGCUCUUUUUCUGUUAUGCAUACGCGCCAUCGCCGUGGAGGAGCCUCCAAUAGGUUCCCAAGGAGAAGAUAGAGAGGCCCUUUUGGCUCUCAAAUCUGAAUUCAACAAUUCUUUUCUUGAUGACAAUUGGACUAGCCUCAUUUGGAAUAUGAAUAACACCCCAAAUUGGUAUGGCAUUCAGUGUUUAAACGGUCGAGUCACCGGAAUUCUGCUGGAAAAUAUGAGUCUGACUGGAGAAAUCAAAGCUGAUGCACUUGUCAACCUCAUUGAGUUGUCCAUAUUGAGCUUUAAGAACAAUUCCAUUUCAGGGAAUUUAAUGGACUUCUCAAAGAAUCAGAAGCUGAGAGAAAUUGAUUUAUCAGGCAACCAGUUUGAUGGAUCAAUAUCAACUUCACUUCUGAGUCUUAAUCUCUUGGAGUCAUUGCAGCUUCAAGAUAACAGAUUAACUGGUUCAAUCCCAGAUUUCCACCUGCCUAACUUGAGGAAAUUCAAUGUCUCGAAUAACGAUCUCUCGGGGCCGAUACCAAACGCUCUCCAAUCAUUCAAUUAUAAUUCUUCAUAUGAGGGUAACAAGGAUUUGUGUGGACCACCCUCUCCCACAGACUGCGAUAGCACCAAUACUGAAGCAUCAAAGGCUAACAAUUCGAACGGUUCAACAUCUCGUUUUGCAGCCAUUUUGAUUGUUGUAGAUGUUGUUGGCCUAAUUGUUAUUUUUUUCCUUUUCAUUGUUUACUGCAAGAAAUCCAGGAGGCUCAAGAAACAGAUGGAGAGACUGGAAAGACUGAACUUAGUGGUAAAAGAAGAGGAAAAAAAAGAUGAGACACAGAUAGAGAUAACAGAAGAGAGAAGCAGAAUAAUUCAAGGAGAACAAGAAAAAGGGAAGCUCACAUUCAUGGAUGAUCAUGAAAUGCAAUUUGAGCUUGCAGAUCUAUUAAAAGCCUCGGCGGACGGAUUGGGGAAAGGGAAUUUUGGAAGCUGUUACAAGGCUGUGGUGAAUGAUGGACUAGCUGUGGUUGUGAAGAGGCUAAGGGACUUGAAACCAUUGAGCAGUGAUGAAUUUGUGAAGCAACUGAUAUUAAUUGCAGAUCUGAAGCAUCCAAACUUGUUGCCUCUUCUUGCUUACUACUAUUCCAAUGAUGAGAAAUUGUUGAUGAACAGAUUUGCAUUGAAUGGCAACGUUUACAAUCGCCUUCACGGAGGAAAAGGGACAAAGGAUCGGAUUCCAUUUCGAUGGAGCUCAAGAUUAGCUGUUGCUCGCGGUGUAGCUCGGGCUCUGGAGUAUUUGCACCUAAACCAUAAAUCCCAAACCAUUGUUGUCCCUCAUGGGAACUUAAAAUCAUCCAAUGUUCUCCUCGACGAGAACAAUAUGGUGCUUGUCUCGGAUUAUGGUUUCACUUUGCUCGUUGCACCGCCACUCGCUGCUCAACGUAUGACUUCAUACAAAUCACCAGAGUACCAAACUUACAAAAAAGUUUCGAGAAAGUCAGAUGUAUGGAGCUAUGGAUGCCUGCUUUUAGAGCUCUUGACCGGAAGAAUUCCGAUUAACUCAGCUCCACAAGGCAUCAAUGGUGUUGAGCUGUGCAGUUGGGUUCACAGGGCUGUUAGAGAAGAAUGGACGGCUGAGAUUUUCGACGUGGAAAUAUCAGUGCAGAGAGUUGCCAACAAUGGGAUGGUGAGGCUACUACAAAUUGCAUUGAAGUGUUGCGAUAAGUCACCGGAAAAGAGGCCGGAGAUGAGUGAGGUGGUGAGAGAGAUUGACAACAUAAAAGUGGUGGCCAACUCGGAAGACGAAGAAGAUUUCUCGAUGGAUCCAUCGUUGACGGAUGACUCCAUUUCUGCAACUCCAUCCUUGGUCAUUAGUGGAGAAGAGUGAUGAUUUGGUUAUGACUCAUGGCGGCGAGAGUCUCGGACACUAAACUAUUUUUAAUUUUUUAUUUUUCACUUUGCUACAUCAGUUAUGGCAUAUAAACAAUUGUUUGUUAUCAUGGCAACUAUAAGAUUUUCUAUCCCUUGUAGUCUUAGCCCUUACCUUGGAAUUGGGUGCAUGAGACCUAAUUUCCUUGGUACAUUUGGUGGUUUUAUGAUAAUGUUUUGUCACUUUGUCCAAUGCUGUCCAAAACAGUAUCAGCUUGCUACUUGUAUUCUUAUGUCAAACAGAAC